AUGAAAGCAACGAGAAACAUUGAGUCGUCGCCCUACGACGCCCCUGCUUCACCGCGUCUCUUCUGGCAAGGUCGCGAAUCUGGCUCUCCUUUCCACAGGAGCUCGGAGAAUCAGGCACCUUAUGACCCGGAGUCAUCUUUUACUCCGUCAAAGCGGCCCUCUCUCGAGAAUCUCAAGCGGCAGUCGCGCGUCAAGAACAGCCACAUGUUCCGUGACCACAAUCAAGAGUACGAUCCCGCCCAGGUUUACGUGCCCCAGCGACCAUUGUCCACGAGCAAGUCGCCGCAGAAGCAAUCGCAGGGAGCCCAUGAUCGAGAUGCUGCCCAGCAGAUUGGGCCCCGACCACCAUCGCCUAGCAAGGAUCAAGUGCCCCCGGCCAAGUCCUCCUUAUCUAGAGCGAGCCGCUUCGGUGUUAAAGAUAUGGGCUUCGAUCCGGAGAACGAGAUUUGGUCGGACUUCGACAAUCGAUACCAGAAGAGCGUGACGUUCGAUGCUGCGCCACCUCAGGUCAAUGAAUAUGAGAUGACUACCCCCGAUCCAUCCUCGAUCGCAUCAGGAUCGCGCGACGGCAGCUAUGACUCCGAAGAGGACGAGGCCGAUAUCAGUUUCGACCGUGAAUCAUCCAUGGACCGCGAUGAUAGCUUCGAUGCCUCGUUGGAGGACCUCGAAAAGACCCCCGUCGUGCUGCCCGAGGAUUGGCGCUACAUGAGCCCAGCCAACGCGAACGAGGACUUGGUGAAAGAAGACGAGGACCCCUUCACGGAGGACGAGAGCGAGAGUGGUGAUGUGCGGCCGUCAUCGCGCCAGGAGUUGCCAGCAACCCAUGCCCGUGUCGAGUCCAUAGACUCGAACGAGGAGCGCCGACCGUUACCACCGUUGCCCGCUGCAGGUCGGACGUCGUUCUCCCCGCGCCCUUCGUCUCCCGGUAAACUGGCCGCUGCAUUUGAGCGUGGUAGUGGCGGCGGUAGUCAACGGGGUCUGCCUCCCCCUCCUGGCCCAGCUACCUACAGCAAGUCUGACAUCACGGACCUGAGCCACCCUUCCAUGUCGCUGGAGGACAGACUCCGAUUAAUGAUGAUUCAGGAAAAUGAACGUAAAGGUCAUGAUGAGGAGCAGCAGCAGCAGCAGCCCCAGAUUGAGGAAGAUGACGAGCGACACUCCAACGUGGUGGAGCCCCAGGCUGAACACGUGGAGAAAAAGGACAAUGAGGAGACCGAAAAUCAGGAGAAUGAAGAAACUGCAGAGGAUGCGUCGGGGAGAUACUCGCCGCCUCACAUCUCUCGCGAUUCGAUUUUGAGAGAUCUCCGGAAGAGCGAGAGCUUUAUGGACGACUCGUUCGAAACGUCCUCGCAGAUCGAGUCCGACAACGAAGAAUACAUGCAUUAUGACCCCGACGUUCCAAUUCCGUCGCUUGAAAACGAUAACGACUAUGAUGAUGACGACGACACUAACAGCGUUAUUGUCAAACAAGAAGAACCCGACCAUGACCUUUAUGACAUACCCGACUAUUAUGAAAAUGUUCCCUCCAAGGACUCGUCCUUUAAGAGUUUGCAGGACAAGCAUGUCCUUGAUGGCGAGAACAAAUACUCGAGUCAAACCCCUGAAGACUUCACUCAGUCACGCGGGUCGCAAUCUGACGGACAGUCGACCCCUGUCCCAGGGGAACGCAACGAGCAGACUGAAAACAAGACAGCAAGCCCAGAGCACCAGGACUUGACCCCCAACGAGGCUGAUUGCGCACCCAAGAUGGCAGCUCUCCGAGAGUCUCUUCAACGGCCUAGGACUCCUGAGGAUGACCAUGAUCAGGUGUCGGAGCCAUCCACCCCUGACUCUGUUAUUAGACAUCCCAUGAAUGGCGAUGAGAGUGAUCGCGACGUAUCACCCGCCGACGAAGCUAUCCCCGACCCUGUUGCAACCAUCAAGGCCCACGGAGCCGGACUCAAAACACGGCCCUCGUUGACCCCCGCGGACGUCGACUCGAUGGCCGCUACCCGACGUCAAGUCAGCGGGCAACAUAUUCCACCGAUGCCUCACCACACUCACACCCAGCAGCAGGAAGCUGACCCGUCCGAAAACAAUCCCCCCUCCGAAGGACUCCUCGCCGCUCCCCAAGCACCCAAGGAGGCUGCCCAGCGACAGAGUAGCCUGAUGCAGUUAGAUAUCCCGUUCAGCAUCCAGGAGGAGAGCCUUGGUUUUGGCCUGGAUAAAGAAUUCGAUCGAGUGAUCGAAACCCAAAAGAGAGGCUAUCUCAUGCGACAGAACACCAAGGUGAUCAUCGCCAGCAGUCGCCCCGAAGAAGAGCCUGCCCCUGUCCCCGCCGAAGGUCCCAGCGAUGCCCGUGCCGCCAGAUCCCCCGCACCCUCCCCGCGCAAAGCAAGCCAGCAGACGUGGACGACGGUCCCUUGGAAUGGUCAGCCCCGGCGUUCAAGCAUCCGCACUUCCUCGAGCGCCAUUCGCAAGAAGCCCGUCUCAGGCCCCGUGCCUCCUCUCCCCGGACAGCAGAGUAACGUUCAAGAGACGCCCGCCACUAUCGAAGAAAGCGAGCCUGCACUAAACGGAGCCUUGGAAGAAGGCGAAGAGCGCGGUCGUCUUUUUGUUAAGGUCGUCGGCCUGAAGUACCUGGAUCUGCCAGUUCCGCGAGGCGAGCGAUCGUAUUUCUCUCUGACAUUGGACAACGGGUUGCACUGCGUGACCACAGCGUGGCUGGAACUCGGAAAGUCCGCUCCGAUCGGACAAGAAUUCGAACUCAUCGUCCAGAAUGAUCUCGAAUUCCAGCUUACUCUGCAGAUGAAGGUUGAUGACGAGCGCUUCCGCACCCCGGAGCCGGCCCCUCAGGCCUCGCCAACCCGGCAAAAGGCAUCGACGUUUAGUCGAGUUUUCGCGUCGCCCCGGAAGCGUAAGGAGCUUGAUAUGAAGCAGCAGCUGGCCUCGCAGCAACAAAAGGGCAAAGAUGCCAACGCCGGGGUGUGGGAUCGAUUAAGGAGUCUCAUCGCCCGGGACGGCAGCUUUGCUCGCGCAUACGUCGCUCUCAGCGACCACGAAAAACAUGCUUUCGGGCGACCGUACACCGUCGAUAUCGCCUGCUUCAACGAAUGGGCGGUUGAGGAGCAGCCGAGUAGCGUCAAGAGCAAAAAGAGCACCGCCAGCUCGGCAUCUCAGCGUCGACCGCCUUACAAGAUCGGCAAGUUGGAGCUGCAGCUACUGUUUGUUCCCCGCCCCAAGGGCACCAAGGACGACGACAUGCCCAAGAGCAUGAACGCUUGUAUCCGGGAAAUGCGAGAUGCCGAAAGUGUCUCGGCUCGCAGCUACGAAGGGUUCCUUUCCCAACAGGGAGGAGAUUGUCCGUACUGGCGGCGUCGUUUCUUUAAGCUUCAGGGGUCCAAACUCACCGCGUUCCACGAGACCACGCGACAGCCUCGUGCCACGAUCAACUUGUCGAAAGCCGCAAAGCUUAUUGACGACCGGUCUUCGUUGACCCAGAAGGAGACGACCACGCGCGGUGGUGGACGCCGCAAAUCCGCCUUCGCCGAAGAAGAGGAGGGAUACAUGUUUGUGGAGGAGGGAUUCCGGAUUCGCUUCGGCAACGGCGAGGUGAUUGACUUCUAUGCCGACAGCGCAGCCGAAAAGGACGGAUGGAUGAAAGUGCUAGCCGAUGCUGUAGGCAAAGGCUCGGGCGGCAGCAAUCAGACGAAGCCAUGGACCGAUUUCGUGCUGAAGCAUGAACGCAGCGUCAAGGCACGGCGGGAGCCGGAGGCGUCGACGUCGACAUCGUCCCUAGGCGGACCUCCGCCCCCACGCAAAGACGCGCCUCCGCCUCCGCCUUCCUCCGCCUCCCGCGUUCCGGGUCCGCCCGCCUCGUCGCGGCCUCGUCACCGCCACACCCAGUCCCAGCCCGAAGUUCGCAGCGCGGAUGCUCGGCGCAACAAGGCUCGCUCCUUGAUGUUUUAA